AUGACUUACUCGGUAGCCUUCUUCGGCGCAACAGGUGGCUGCACCAACGCCUGCCUGGCCAGUCUCCUCCUCUUUUCCGACUACCAGGCCAUUGCUCUGGCACGCACACCCCAGAAACUAAUCGACUCCCUCAAAAAACAACCUGGUAUCACCGAUGCCGUCCUCGCCGAAAGACUACACAUCGUCAAGGGCGAUGCCACAGUUGCCGCAGACGUGAAGAGAACGCUUCUCUUCCAAGCCGAUGACGGCAAGACAGAGUCAAAACUGGUUGAUGCAAUCGUUUCUGGAAUCGGUGCCUACCCUCAACGCAAGAAAGGGACCUUGCUCACCUUUGAGAUGGAUAAUCCAAAGAUCACGGAACAAUCCACCACAGCACUGGUAUCUGCCAUGCGAGAAAUACACGCUGAGCAACACCCAGAACACAAGCCCACCGUAACAGUCAUCUCGACAACCGGUCUCGCCACACCCGCCGGCGCCAAAGAAGACGUCCCCUUCGGUCUACAGACGUUGUAUCAUCUUCUCGCCGAGCCACACAAGGAUAAGAAACGCAUGGAAGAAAUAAUUAGCGAAAAGGAGAAUGCCGCUCUAUUCCAGGGUGUGGUCAUUACGCGCCCUACGUUGUUGUAUGGUGAUGGUAUUGUGAUGGUGGACGGUGUCCAGAAGACGGUCAGGGCGGGAACGGAAGAUGCGCCUGCUCGGGGAUACUCGAUUGCGAGGACGGAUGUGGGUAAUUGGAUUUGGCAAAAUGUUUUGAAGAGUGAGGAGCAUGGCGAGAAGUGGUAUGGACGAAGGGUUUCUUUGGCUUAUUGA